ACACACACACGCACAUUGUUGUUGUUGCGUGAGCCGUGACCUCACUUCCUGUUUGUGAGGUCACGAUGACAGUGGCGUCCAGCAUGGAGGGAUGGCGGUAGCUGCAGACGGGCGGAUGCGAUUAUAGAAGAGACAAGAGAGGCAGCAGUGCACGCAGGCUCGUGUUGUGUUGUGUUGUGUUGUGUUGUGUUGUGUUGUGUCGUGUCGUGUCGUGUCGUGUUGUGUCGAUGUGCUGGCAUUCCUGUAGCCUAUUGAUUCGUGUGCCGAUGAUCAAUGACUUUCAUUUGAGGCUUUUUCUUAUCAAACCUUCCAUUGUUUGCAUGUUUGCCCCCCACACGCUUUUCUUUGCAGUACUACUUUCUGCCUCCGGGGGCAACAGUGAGUCUGCCAGCUGGAUUGUUUGUGUUUUGCGAUGACCUCAAGUACUGCUUUUAAAAGAUAUAUUUUGUGCACAUGGUGGGUGUCGUGUGGGGCCGACACAUUUUUUUGUCUGUUGUAGAAUUUUUACAAUUUUUGACAUAAAAAAAAAUGGUUGAAGACAGGAAGGUCCAAUGUGCGGCUCGAUUUUCGUCGGCACUCGGCAUGUUCUAAAAAUAAGAUACGUGUAUUUUUAAUGAGAUAUUUGCGGAUGUUACGGUCCAAGACAGCCUGCAAAACGUGCGCAAAACUGCGAAAAAUAGAUGCACCCAUAAAAAAGCUCUCAUUCUUUGGGGAAUUUUUGGAUUUUUUACUUUAUUAAAUAUAAAUAAUUUUGACAGAAUUGACCUUGAACUUUGAUAAAGACGGAACUGGGAUUUUUUGGGGGCUUUUUCUUUUAAAAACUGUUGGUGUUUAUUUUUCACAGUACCACUUUCUGCCUCAGGGGGCAACAGUGAGUCUGCCAGCUUGAUUGUAUGGGCUUAGUGCUUUCUAUUUAUUUCAAGUAUUAUUUUUAAAAUACAUAUUUUUCUGUUGUGUGUAUGACCAACAAAUGUUUUAUCUAUUGUAGAUUUUUUAAAAUUUUUAAUUUAAAAAAUUGUUGAAAAUUGUAAAAAAGAAAUUAAUUUUUAUUUUUUAAUCACAAUUUUUAAAUUUUUUUAAAUGUUCAUAAAAUUUUAAAAUAAAAAAAAAUUAUUUAAUUUUUUUUAAAUUUACUUGUUUGACUUUAUUAUCGGAAAUGUACGCCUUUAUUCUCGUAAUAUUACAACUUUUUUCCUCGUAAAUUUCUGACUUUUUUUCUCAUACUUUUGCGACUUUAUUUAUGUAAAUUUACUUUAUUGACUUUAUUCUCAGAAAUGUACGACUUUAUUCUCGAAACCUCAGAUGGUUUUUGGGUUUUUUUCAAUUCGGCCCGCGUACGCCGUCGUGAAUGUGUACGAGAAGUAGGAAGAAGAUCGUUCUUGCUGCAGUACCACUGUCUUCCUCACGAGGCAACAUAAUACGGGACAGAUUCUACUGCCCUCUAGUGACUUGGAGGUUUUAAAAAAACGGCAAAUUCCUUUUCCUCGGCUCAGGUGAUGCAAAUGUGCAAACUCUGACUGCAGGAAAGCUUUAUUUUCCAGGAAAUACAUUGUUAGCAUUAUUUGAUGUUUGUAUCUGGGGAGACAGGUAGCUUAAAACUGGGGAAUAAAGACAAGAGUGACAUUUUGAGUUGUAAAACAUUCAUAGCGGCGUUUUAAUAAGUUGUUUCCAGGCCGGAAACAACUUUGAGGUGCAUGGUGGCGCCCAUGAAGACUAUUUUUAUAUGUCGUAGUGCAGCCGUAGUUGAGCUGCCGCUGCCGCAGCGAUGCUGACGUGGGGCUGACGAUCACGUCACCGCAUGGCAUCAUCGGAUCGGAACCAGUUAGUCGUGCCCGCAGGCUUUGUCAACGACCGCAUCGAUAGUCCACGGAGGGAGGGGGCAAAAGCGCAGCGGGAAAAAAAGAAAAGGACGAGAGCGCGCACGAGGAAAAAGGAGUUGAGUCGAGUUCCCCUGAGGCCCUCGUGGCCUCUUUCUGUGCCAGCGUUCAAAUGUGCGGUUGGCAUACUUUCACCGUCAGCCAGGUAACAACAGUAGCGGAUGAAAGCACGCGCCGACUGCUGCAUUGUGGGCUGGAGGCGAGGAGGCCGAGGGGCUGCCGCGUCCCACCUUUAGGAUGGCCAGCGACGGCACCACCAUUCCCAGCCCGGUGGUGCACCAGAUCGACAAGCAGUUCCUGAUCUGCAGCAUAUGUCUGGACCGCUACCACAACCCCAAAGUGCUGCCUUGCUUGCACACCUUCUGUGAGAGGUGCCUGCAGAACUACAUCCCGGCCCAGAGCCUGACGCUGUCGUGCCCCGUGUGCCGCCAGACGUCCAUCCUGCCCGAGAAGGGCGUGGCGGCCUUGCAGAACAACUUCUUCAUCACCAACUUGAUGGACGUCCUGCAACGCUCGCCGGGCCGUUGCGGCCAGGAGGCCGCCGUCCUCAACGACGUCGCCACGGUAGCUGCGGGGCAACUGCUCUCCUGCCCCAACCACGGCGGCAAUGUGAUGGAGUUCUACUGUCCGCCAUGCGAGACGGCCAUGUGCCAGGAGUGUACGAGCGGCGAGCACGGAGAACAUCCCACCGUGCCUCUGAGAGAUGUCGUGGAGCAACACAAGGCCUCGUUGCAGGACCAGCUUGAUGCAGUCAAGAGGAGGCUACCUGAGAUCGACGCCGCCCUCCUGACUUUGUCCGAGAUCCUGCAGCGGCUGACGGGCCAGAAGAGCUCCAUCGAGGAGGACAUCCACGCCGCCUUCCAUGAGCUGCAGAAGACGCUCAACGUGCGCAAGAGCGUCUUGCUCAUGGAGCUGGAGGUCAACUUCGGUCUCAAGCAGAAGGUGCUUCAGGCGCAGCUUGACAGCCUCCUGCAGGGCCAGGAGGGCAUCAACAGCAGCUGCAGCUUCACCGAGCAGGCCCUGAGCCACGGCACCGAGGCUGAGGUCCUCCUGGUGAAGAAGCAGAUGAGCGAGCGUCUGGCCGAGCUGGCGGCGAGAGAGCUCCCCCUGCUGCCCGGAGAGAACGACCAGCUGGACUUUCACAUCGAGACGGAGGGCCUGAAGAAGUCCAUCCACAACGUGGGCACCGUCGUGACAACUAACGCCGUGGCGUCCGAGACGGUGGCGACCGGCGAGGGCUUGCGGCACUGCGUGGUGGGGGUACCCACCUCCAUCACCAUCACCACCAAGGACAAAGACGGAGGGCUUUGCAAAAUGGGCAACGCUGUCCUCACUGCCGACAUCUCCUCAUCAGACGGUAGCAAAGCCGACGGGGAGAUAGUGGACAACAAGAACGGCACCUACGAGUACCUGUUCACCGCCCCCAAAGAGGGGACCUUCAGCUUGUCGCUACGUCUCUAUGAGCAGCACAUUAAAGGCAGCCCCUUCAGGACGAAGGCCACCAAGUCUACGGACGUGUCUGCAGCCUCAGACGGCGUCAAGAAGAGGCUGAAAUCGCCGGGCAGUGGACACGUCAAGCAGAGGGCCAUCAAGAGGCCGGCCAGCAUGUACAGCACCGGCAGGAGGAAAGAGAACCCCAUAGAGGACGAUCUCAUCUUCAGGAUAGGCACCAAAGGGCGAAACAAAGGAGAGUUCACAAACCUUCAGGGCGUGGCUGCCUCUCCUGGCAAAGUGUUGAUAGCAGACAGCAACAAUCAGUGUGUGCAGAUUUUCUCCAACGAGGGCCUGUUUAGAACUCGUUUCGGGGUCCGGGGCAGGACCCCUGGUCAGAUGCAGCGACCCACUGGAGUGGCCGUCCAUCCGAACGGUGACAUCAUCAUCGCAGACUAUGACAACAAAUGGGUCAGCAUCUUUUCCAGUGACGGCAAGUUUAAGAACAAGAUCGGCUCAGGGAAGCUAAUGGGUCCAAAAGGCGUGUCGGUGGACAGAAACGGUCACGUUAUCGUGGUGGACAACAAGGCCUGCUGCAUCUUCAUUUUUCAGGCCAACGGCAAGCUGGUUACCAAGUUUGGCAACCGCGGAAACGGCGACAGGCAGUUUGCAGGGCCUCACUUUGCCGCUGUCAACAACAACAAUGAAAUCAUUAUCACAGAUUUCCACAACCACUCAGUCAAGGUGUUCAACACAGACGGGGAGUUCCUUUUGAAGUUUGGUUCUAACGGCGAGGGUAACGGCCAGUUCAACGCCCCCACAGGCGUGGCGGUGGACGUCAACGGGAACAUCAUCGUGGCGGACUGGGGGAACAGCAGGAUACAGGUGUUUGACGGCAGCGGUUCUUUCCUGUCCUACAUCAACACGUCAGCCGACCCGCUGUACGGCCCUCAGGGUCUGGCUCUCACCUCCGACGGACACGUUGUGGUGGCCGAUUCAGGAAACCACUGUUUCAAAGUCUACCGCUACCUGCAGUAGCGCACACAAACGAUACUACUACACUAAACUACACAGUACACACCUGUACACUUGCAAGGGCGUAGGGAGCUGCACUCAUCCACCUUCAGCUGUUGCGUCAUUGCGCCACUUCGGUGACCAUUUAGGCAUGAAUGAUGUUUGCUUUUGUGCUUUUACGAGUCACACUCCACAGCGUACACAUUCCAUGACAACUACGUGAGGAAGAUGUGGCUUAGCGCCGCAAAUUUCCAAUGAAAUCAAUUAGUCUCAAAUGCACAUUAACAAUGAGCCCUGCCAUUGCCAUUGUACCUCGCCUCUCGCCCAUAAGUCAGCUGGGAUAGGCUCCAGCAUACCCCUGCGACCGUAAAGAUGAUAAGCGGCAUUGAAAAAGGAUGGAUGGAUGGAUGGAUGCAUAUUAACAAUAACUGAUGCAACAUCCCAUUAAGAAAACACUUUUUUCUGCUUUUCUUUAAAAGUGUUGCGCGAAGGAGUAUUGGGGCAGUGCUGAACACACAAAAAAUACGAAAAUGACAAGAAAAAAAUGCAAAACAAUCUUUAUGAAAAGUUAAAAAUUUAAUACAAUUUGGGAAAAAAAUGAAGUAAUGAGAAUAAAUUAUGUUUUGAGAGAAGAAAAGUCAUAAAAUUGCAAAAACAACAUUUUAACAUGACAAGAAAAAAUACAAAACAAUGUGUAUGUUCAAUAAAAAAUGAAAUACAAACUGGGAUAAAAUAAAAUAAUGAAAACAAAUGAUGUUUUGAGAGAAAAAAAGGCAUAAAAUUGGAAAAACAACAUUUUAAAAAUGAUAAGAAAAAUACAAAACAAUGUGUAUGUUAAAUAAAAAUUAAAUACAAACUGGGAAAAAAUAAAAUAUGAAAAUAAGUUAUGUUUUGAGAGGAAAAAAAGGCGUACAAUUGCAAAAAAAACAUUUUAAAAUAACAAGAAAAAAUACAAAGCAAUGUGAAUGUUACCUAAAAAAUGAAAUGCAAAUUGGGAAAAACAAUGAGAAUAAAUUAUGUUUUGAAAGAAAAAAAGUUGUCUUGCAACCUGAAAACAACGUAAGCGCCCGUAGAGUUUGUUUGACAUGACAAAGAACCUCUGCGGCGGGUCUGCGGCCAGUCUACGGCUCAGAAAGCAGCACGUCACACACACGCCCUCCGUGCGUUUCUUGCGUUUUUUUGCACGUAGGCCGGCCGUAGGAGCCCGCGAACUAGGCUUAGGACAAGCUAGGAAGGCAUCUUACAUAAUGCUACAAAUUUGAGACUUGUGGACAGUUGCUUUUCUUGCUAGUCAACCCUUGUUUAUCGUGGUUAAUUGGUUCCAGACUGGACCGCAUUAAGUGAAUUUCUGCAAAGUAGGAUUCUAUAUUAAUAAAUUGAAGAUUUUCCAGUUUUUACCAUUAUUAAAGCCCUGUAGACAUGAAAUAGCACUCCUAUAUCACCUUUACACUUUGUUUACAACACAUUGCUCAACGGUGAUGCGCAGGCUACGGGAUCACUGCAGACACACCAUGGACGGCCUCCGCUAGCAUAGCAAGCUACCGAGAUAACUAGUUAGCCUCUCCAGUUGACUUAUUCUAAACUUAAGUAAGUGUUUCAAACAGAGUUCGGAAGAAGGACAAAGUAAGAAAUUCACAACCUUACCACUUCCACAAGGAAUGAGAGGAGAACUAUGUCGUAUCGGACGGCUGACUACAUGCAGUGGACCCGGAUAAGUGGGAAAAAAAUGGAAAAAAAACACACUAAAAUGACAGAGAAAAAUGGAAAGACAAUCUAGCUAAUAUAAAAAAUAAAAUACAAAUUGGAAAAAAAUUAUAUCAUGAGAAUAAAUUAUGUUUUGAGAGACAGUACAUGUUUUCUCCCCACAAAAAAUAAAAUAAAAUAAAUAAAAAUAAUAAUAAAGCCAGAAUUCUAACACGUCUAAAAAAAUCAAAGAAUAUAAUGAUUUUUUUUUUUAUUGAAAGUAUUUUUUCCCCAGAAACAUAAUAAAAUAAUAUUUCAAUAAUGAAGUCGUAAGUGAAUGUCAAAAUUCUCUCCCUAAUUCCUACAUAAGCAAGUAUUUAAUUCCUGUAAUAUGACAGCUUCUUUUCUGGUUUGUUCUGACUUUAUUCUCACAAUUCUAAGAUUUCAUCUUAAUCCAAAAACUCGGGAGGGUCAUAUUUUUAUUUUUUUGAGAAAAAAGUUGGAAUAUUUCAACAAUAAAUCUGAAUUUUCCCCUCAGAAAUAUGCCAUUUUUUCCAUCAUAAAAUUGUAACUUUAUUCUUGCAUUCUUUUUCAUUGUGACCCCAAUACUCCUUCAUAGUAUUGCACUUGAAGUUGUAGUGGGUAUUUAGGUCAUAGUCUUCAUUGCGAUAUGUACAUGAAGUGUCUUAUAAUACCUCCAAAUGUGCCCAUCGGCUCACUGAAUACAUUAACAUUUCAUUUAUUGCAAUGACAUACUGAUAACUAAUCAUCAAAAAGGGUAGGAAGUAUUACUCGCAUGUCCAACACACCAAUAAUGCAAAACUGGGCAUGGCUUUCAGGCUUUUAAGCGGCCUGCAACAAGCUGAGCCUGAUUUUUAGCUUCCUAAACACAAUAUUAGAGGUUGUUAGGCGUUUUGUUCGAUGCUGCACCUACUAAGAGGCUCAUGCAUGCAGGUUUUGCAAACAAAACUGACAAUAUUUCAUAAAGAAGCGCUGUUGCAUUCAGUGUUUUAAAAAUGACACGUCAGGGCUGUGUGUCGCCACUUUUUCUCACCAAAGUGGGCUUUCAGUGCGUUAGAAAAACAGACACAGACCACCAAGUGCAAUCUGCUGUGUGUCUUCAAGGAAACUCCGUGUACUGGGUGGGAUUUUAAAGAACACUUCAUCCACGUUUUGGUUCAUUUGUGGCCCAUAGUUUGACUCCUCGGUCAAUUGCGUUCCUUUGCUGCCAUGCAGACUUUGAUGAGACAUCACAUCCAUGUGCUCUUACAUCUUUAUGACACUUUAGAACCACUAACAAGUUGUAUUGUAGCUGAAAACACUUUGUUUUGAUUAAAUUUGUAGCUCCACAGAUUACUUGUUAAUUAGUUAGACACAGUGUGAAAUUUCCAAGAAGGCAUUUUUUUUUUUUUUACACAUUCCUCUUAAGUUAUUUGUUUUCCAUUGUCUUGUCUA